GAGUGGUUACUUGUUUUGAAAACAGUCUUCAGCGUGCUCUCGGCCGAGUUAGUUGUGUUGGCUCUCUCUCAGUCAGGAGAUUCGUCCAAAAAUUCGUUCCGAGUCCCGUUUUAUCCAUUUCGACGACGUCAAACGACUGAAUUUGUUUUUUUCACAACAAAACUUCGUCACCGAUCAUCUUUUGGGGAUUAAAUUAAUAAACAGUGUUGUUGUUGCAUCAUCAUCACACCCUCCCACGACGUCGAUUGUUUCGUUCCGCCAGUUGUUGCUGUUGUGUAGUUGUGUGUGUUAUUGGUUUUAUUCAAUCAGAACGUUGUCGGUUAUUUCGACGUAUAUGCGUGGCCAUGUUGUCGCGCAAUCUUGAACUCUACGCCAACUCCGCCGCAGCCGCGACGACGUCUAACGUCUCGGCGCUACGCGGAGACGCUACGGAUUCAUCCAACAAGAUCAACGUCGCACCACCACCACCACCACCAUCAGUAACGAUGGCGACAGUGGCACCUGCAUCGUCCUCGGGCGUCGCGACGCCUUCCUCUCAGAUGGCGCUGAUGGACUGCGAGACAUUCGGACGGACGUAUCACGUCGGUCACGUUCUCGGUAAAGGAGGAUUCGGCACCGUCUACGCUGGAAAUCGCAUCCGCGACGGACUCCCAGUCGCCGUCAAACACAUCCACAAGAGUUCCGUCACCACGUGGAGUCACGUGAAUGGCGUCAGAGUCCCGCUAGAAUUUUGCCUCCUACGACAAGUGGCUCACGUUCCGGGCGUGGUCCGCCUUUUGGACGCCUGCGACGCCGACGACGUCUUCGUUUUGGUGAUGGAACGAGCCGAAUCAUCGCAGGACUUGUUCGAUUUCAUCACCGAGCGAGGGGCUCUACCCGAACAGGCGGCCAGAAACUUUUUCCGCCAGGUGGUCGAGGCCGUCGUCCAGUGCCAUCGAGCCGGAGUCAUCCACCGCGAUAUCAAGGAUGAAAACAUUUUAGUGGAUUUGAAAACUCACUGCUUGAAAUUGAUCGACUUUGGUUCGGGCGACUACCUCAAGGAUGGCGUCUACACGGAAUUUGACGGUACCAGAGUUUACUCUCCGCCGGAAUGGAUCCGACACAGGAGGUACCACGGACGGCCGGCCACCGUUUGGUCGCUGGGCAUCCUGCUCUACGACAUGGUCUGCGGCGAUAUUCCCUUCGAACAGGACGACCAGAUCGUCCGCGCCACCGUCAAUUUCGUGACGAGAAGCCCCGGACGACUGCGGUUGUCUCCGCAGUGCGAGGAUUUGAUCCUGCGCUGCCUCGAGUACCGACCGGCCGAUCGGCCGUCGCUGGAGCAGAUCCUGGCCCAUCCGUGGCUGACUUCACCGGAAAUGAUUCCACCGUCGCCCGUCCACGUUCUGACUCAGUCCGGUACUGUCGAUCCCACGGCCGCCACGAUGAUUCCCGUGCCGUGCAUGUCCCCUCCGCCGGCUCCCGCCUCGACGCCGUGCAGUCCCAUCGCCAUGUCACUGUCGGAAGCUCUGCUGAGCACGACGACGGCCUGCUCGACCACGACGGGCAUCCCCGUGCCUCAGCGGAGGGCCCAUCACAACGGCGUGGCCAUCAGCAACGGUCUGCCCAGUUCCUUUGGCGGAUCGCUGCCUUCGUCAUGCAAUUCCUGUUCGUCUUGUUCAUCAUCCGCCUCCUCUUGCUCCGAUUUGGGCUCCUCGUCCAGCUCGUCGUCCACCUCCUCUCAAUGUUACCACCAUCAUCACCACCAUCACCAUCAUCACCACCAUCACCAACAUUAUCCGCCGCCAGUGCGGCCUGGCAUCCUAGCAGCCGCCGCCGCUGCCGCCGUUGCCGGAAGCGCCAAGAGCGGGUCCGUUUCGGCCGCUGCGGCUGGCGACUUCGCCUUUUGAAUGAUAAUAAAAAUUUUGUUUUUUAAAUGUUGUAAAAAAAAAUAUAAAAUUCAAAUCGCCCGCUCCCCCCCAUAAUUUUGUUAUGAUCACAAAAUGUUUCAUUUCCCUCCCCCCCUUUUUUUUGCGUGUGCCAUGCAAAAGGUAUUUAAACGGUUCAUUACUAUUCCUCCUACUUCCGCUGUUACUACUGUCGAGGACUCUCUCGGAAAAGAAAAAAAAACCCUGGUCACUCGGUUCUAUUCGCGUGCGUGUGUAAUUUAUUGACGUAGUCAAAAGUGAUUUCUCUUCUUUUAUUUCCCCCCCCCCUUUUCAUUUUUCGUCUUCUUCUUCUUCUUCUUCUUGUCUUGAUGAAUUAACAUUUUUUCCCCGAAUAAUUUGUUUAAUUUCGUUUUUUCACUUUUAUCUUGGGAAUGCUUGAAAUUCCCGGGAAAAAAUUAAAAGGUGAAAAAAAAAAUUAACAAUGAAUAAGGCAAAAGUACAAUGCAACUAAUUUAUCACCUUCAAAAUAGCAGCGCUGGGCUUGAAUCCCCCCGCUCUGCUUUUGAAUGAACUCGGAUAUACAUACAUUAUUUUUCUGUACAUAUAGUUCAAAUGAUGACGUAAUGCGAUAUAUCAAAACUGCGCGUGUGCAUCUCCAUCCGUCUCUUAUAGGUAUCAAUUUUCGACAACAUCUGUCGACUUGGCAGUUUGGGUUUUUUAUUAUUAUUUUGUCUUGUAUUUCUCGUUCGAUGAAAGAAUCCAGAAACAGCAAAAAAUUCAAACGUCCUUUUGUCAAAUGACGAAAUUUACAUUUUUUUAUUUUUUUUUGUUUCCAGCCAUUUUUCUUUCGGAUCUAUAAGCGUGAAUAAAAAAUAAAAAGCAUAUUAAUAAUAACUACACAUAACAUACAUAUCGUUGCUUUGAUUGACAAUGUCGAGCAUACCCUCCUUUACACACACACACACCCCCAACUACCCUCCUUUUUUUUCUCCCUUUGAAUACAGUAAUUUAUUGGCGUGGUUGAAAUAAUGUUCCUUGUUUGUUCUCUCUCUCUUUCUCUUAUUUUUUAU